CAAGCUUCAAAUCCAGACAAAAUGGACAGAUUACAAAAAGCGGCUGUAUUUACAGGACCAACGAUCAAAUUUUUGUAUUGGUAAGUGGUUUACUAUAACAAUCGAGUUCCUCGAAUUCCGAGAAAAUUGAUUUACGUAACUAAGAUUGAUUCUACAGUUCACAGAAAUAUCACAAUCUUCAUCUUUGUGUGUAAAUAACGAUUAGUUUAAAUGUUUUCUUAUGUUUCUCUUUUUUUAAGAUCUACCAAAUGUCUAUCAGCAAAAGCUUAGCAAAAACAGUAUUGAAGUGUACGACGCUUAUUAAGUAUAAGAAGUCUCACUGAGUUUUAGUGAAGUAUUAGCAAGGUCUAAUAUUAAUUUCCUUAGGAUCGAAUUUUUUAAAAGGGUAGUCUGUUGAGAUCUUAGUAGAAGGAAGUUAUUGUUUAAUUUUAAAGUUCGAAGGAACUUUCUUUGCCAUUAACGAUAAUACGGACAUAAUACUUGAUUGAUGAACUUUUUAGGACAUGCAUGUAGCCUUGAACACUUGACAAGAUCUGACAAAGCAGGACACGUGUUCGCGUGUAUCGAUUGUUCAUGCCAUGUGUUAAGAAAUACUUUAUUUUGAUAUUAUGCGAAAAUAUUGAUAGCAGAAAAUAAUUUUUAGCUCAGGUUCAAAUUAUGUUGCAGCUUAUCUUAGUUAAGUCAAUUUGAUUUCAAUGUUGGAUUUAUUAUUCAAACACAAUUACUUCCAUUUCAGGCGGUAACCAGUAAAAUUUACCGCCUGUAGCACCCUAUAUCACUGCCUAAAAUCAGCUGGAAUUCCUGAAAAUUUAACAGGUAUAAAGAUUACUCUACUGGCUUGAAAAUUUCUUUUACCUGUUGUGCUUAAAAUAAUGGAGAAUACUAAAAUGGUUAAAGUAGGAACUCCAAUCUCCAGCUGCUGCACUCUACAAUAUGUUCAUUAUAGGUGGGAACAUGCCUCAUCUAAGCUAAAUGCCAUUUGUGUGAACAAAAGCAUAAUAAAUUUGACUCCUGUUGCCUGGAUAAAACUUUGUGGCAUUGUAUUCUUAGUUUGCUUUUGUCUCAUGCUCUCUAGUUAUUCCUGAGGAUACAGAAAGGUGUUUGAAGAGUAUGCACAAUUCAUUCACCAAAACUUUCCCAAAGUUCGCAUAGAAGGCGACAAUUAUCCUCCACCCCGUCCCCGUCAGAUGUUGGCUAGUGUUCUCAGUCUUGCCAAAUUAGCAGUCAUGGCAAUUGUUCUUCUUGGUGAGUGGUUACAGAUAUGGGAAAGUCUUAAUGUUGACCCACCUCAAGUUUAUAUUUGGGCCACACAGAACAAGGUAUUUAAGAUGUUUUGUAUUUAAUCUGUCAGAAACCCUUUUGGAGGUUUACAAACCAAUCUCUGUCAGCAACUAGUAUUCUUUACUGAGCAAACCACUGGUCUUCUUGGAACACUGCACAACGUGCUUAGCCCAGUAUUCUAGGGAAUCACCAGCAACCAGCAUUUUCAUUGGUUUCUGCAACUUUUUUUUCAUUCAUUUGCUAUUUACAUCAGAGUUCUACAUUUAAAAUGUCUAGAUCUCAAUUUAAACCAUCUGUGGGCUAGUGUUUGUUGUGCCUAUAAAAAAAUUCUUUAGAAAAUACUCUUGACUAUUUGAUUGAUCUUUCACCACUGAUCAUGAUUUUCAGGCUUCUUGGAGCCUUUUGUAGAAAGCAACUGUAAAAUUUGAUCACAGAUACAACUGGUUACAUUCUAGUUAUCAAGAGUUUUUUUUUCUUUCAAAACCACCAUCAUGCCCCUUGUGUGGACUUACAGCAGGGAUGAUCAAUCAGGCUAAUUUAAAGCUUAACCUGCAAUCCUCUGCUCAGGAAACAUACACUUACCUAAAGUAACUAAUUUUUUAGCACAAAGUCUUCAACAAGGACUGUAGAAAGCUAAAAGUCAUGAGGGUUCUUUUUGUUUUAUUACACAGAUGUAUGCCUGUAUUCUGAUAUUUUUUGUCACAAACAUGAUUGAAGGGCAGUUAAUAUCCACUGGAGCUUUUGAAGUGUCACUUAAUGGUAUGUUCAUUUUGACAAUUUUGCCUCAGAAAAUUGCAGUUGUUAUGUAAUUUAGCUCUAGAUGUAAAGUUCAUUCCCAUUCUGAGUUCAGAUAUUUAGUGUUAUCAACUGAGUUGAUAAUGUAAAUUGGCCAUGGUAAAUAGCUCAAAAGCUGACAUUUUGAGCAUCAGCCCUUCAACAUUUACUCUGACAAAGGGCUAACACUCUAAAUGUCAGUUUUGAAACUCUUUACAGUGGCUAAUUUAAGUCAUCGACUCAAUUGAUAAGUCUAAAUUACCCUGUUAUACUCUCCCACUAAUACAGCACCACAGUUUCUUUAGAAACUUACCCCAUUUAUUCAUUUGUUUUCAGAUAUGCCAAUUUGGUCCAAACUUGAGUCUGGUCGCCUUCCAAACCCCAGUGAGCUUCAUCAGAUCAUUGAAAAUCAGCUCAAGUUUAGUCCUAUACAUUAA